AUGGCAAGCCCCUGGACCAGGCAAGCUCCUAGACCAGGCACGCUCUUGGACCAGGCAAGCCCCAUUCUCCCGCUUUCCAUCACCCUGCCCCAUUGUCCCGCUUUCCAUCACCCUGCCCCAUUCUCCCGCUUUCCAUCACCCCGCCCCAUUCUCCCGCUUUCCAUCACCCUGCCCCAUUCUCCCUCCUUCCAUCACCCCGCCCCAUUCUCCCUCCUUCCAUCACCCUGCCCCAUUCUCCCGCUUUCCAUAACCCCGCCCCAUUAUCCCGCUUUCCAUCACCCCGCCCCAUUCUCCCGCUUUCCAUCACACCGCCCCAUUCUCCCGCUUUCCAUCACCCCGCUUCAUUCUCCCGCUUUCCAUCACCCCGCCCCAUUCUCCCGCUUUCCAUCACCCCGCCCCAUUCUCCCGCUUUCAAUCUCCCCGCCCCAUUCUCCCGCUUUCCAUCACCCCGCCCCAUUCUCCCUCCUUCCAUCACCCCGCCCCAUUCUCCUUCUUUCCAUCACCCCACCCCAUUCUCCCGCUUUCCAUCACCCUGCCCCAUUCUCCCGCUUUCCAUCACCCUGCCCCAUUCUCCCGCUUUCCAUCAACCCGCCCCAUUCUCCCUCCUUUCAUCACCCUGCCCCAUUCUCCCGCUUUCCAUUACCCUGCCACAUUUUCUCGCUUUCCAUCACCCCGUCCCAUUCUCCCGCUUUCCAUCACCCCGCCCCAUUCUCCCUCCUUUCAUCACCCUGCCCCAUUCUCCCGCAUUCUAUCACCCCGCCCCAUUCUCCCGCUUUCCAUCAUCCCGCCCCAUUCUCCUACUUUCCAUCACCCCGCCCCAUUCUCCUACUUUUCAUCACCUCGCCCCAUUCUCCCUCUUUCCUGCCCGCCCCAUUCUCCCGCUUUCCAUCACCCCGCCCCAUUCUCCCGCUUUCCAUCACACCGCCCCAUUCUCCCGCUUUCCAUCACCCCGCUUCAUUCUCCCGCUUUCCAUCACCCCGCCCCAUUCUCCCGCUUUCCAUCACCCUGCCCUAUUCUCCCGCUUUCAAUCUCCCCGCCCCAUUCUCCCGCUUUCCGCCCCAUUCUCCCGCUUUCCAUCACCCCGCCCCAUUCUCCCUCCUUCCAUCACCCCGCCCCAUUCUCCCUCUUUCCAUCACCCCGCCCCAUUCUCCCGCUUUCCAUCACCCCGCCCCAUUCUCCCGCUUUCCAUCAUCCCGCCCCAUUCUCCCGCUUUCCAUCACCCCGCCCCAUUCUCCUACUUUUCAUCACCCCGCCCCAUUCUCCCCCUUUCCUGCCCGCCCCAUUCUCCCGCUUUCCAUCACCCCGCCCCAUUCUCCCGCUUUCCAUCACACCGCCCCAUUCUCCCUCUUUCCAUCACCCCGCUUCAUUCUCCCGCUUUCCAUCACCCCGCCCCAUUCUCCCGCUUUCCAUCACCCCGCCCCAUUCUCCUGCUAUCCAUCACCCUGCCCCAUUCUCCCUCCUUCCAUCACCCCGCCCCAUUCUCCCUCCUUCCAUCACCCUGCCCCAUUCUCCCGCUUUCCAUCACCCCGCCCCAUUCUCCCGCUUUCCAUCACCCCGCCCCAUUCUCUCCCUUUCCAUCACCCCGCCCCAUUCUCCCUCUUUCCAUCACCCCGCCCAAUUCUCCUGCUUUCCAUCACCCCGCCCCAUUCUCCCACUUUCCAUCACCCUGCCCCAUUCUCCCUCCUUCCAUCACCCCGCCCCAUUCUCCCUCCUUCCAUCACCCUGCCCCAUUCUCCCGCUUUCCAUCACCCCGCCCCAUUCUCCAACUUUCCAUCAUCCCGCCCCAUUCUCCCGCUUUCCAUCACCCCGCCCCAUUUUCUCGCUUUCCAUCACCCCGCCCCAUUCUCCCUCUUUCCAUCACCCCGCCCCAUUCUCCUGCUUUCCAUUACCCCGCCCCAUUCUCCCGCUUUCCAUCACCCCGCCCCAUUCUCUCGCUUUCCAUCACCCCGCCCCAUUCUCCCGCUUUCCAUCACCCCGCCCCUUUCUCCCGAUUUCCAUCACCCCGCCCCAUUCUCCCGCUUUCCAUCACCCCGCUCCAGUCUCCCGCUUUCCAACAAUCAUCGGCCCCAUUCUCACGCUUUCCAUCACCCCGCCCCAUUCUCCCGCUUUCCAUCACCCCGCCCCAUUCUCCCUCCUCCCAUCACCCUGCCCCAUUCUCCCUCCUUCCAUCACCCUGCCCCAUUCUCCCGCUUUCCAUCACCCCGCCCCAUUUUCCCUCCUUCCAUCACCCCGCCCCAUUCUCCCGCUCUCCAUCACCCCGACCCAUUCUCCCGCUUUCCAUCACACCACCCCAUUCUCCCUCUUUCCAUCACCCGGCCCCAUUCUCCCGCUUUCCAUCACCCGGCCCCAUUCUCCCGCUUUCCAUCACCCCGCCCCAUUCUCCCUUCUUCCAACAAUCCACCCCAUUCCUCGCUUUCCAUCACCCCGCCCCAUUCUCCCGCUUUCCAUAACCCCGCCCCAUUCACCCGCUUUCCAUCACCCCGCCCCAUUCUCCCGCUUUCCAUCACCCCGCCCCAUUCUCCCUCCUUCCAUCACCCCGCCCCAUUCUCCCUCCUUCCAUCACCCCGCCCCAUUCUCCUGCUUUCCAUCACCCCGCCCCAUUCUCCCGCUUUCCAUCACCCCGCCCCAUUCUCCCGCUUUCCAUCACCCCGCCCCAUUCUCCCUCCUUUAUCUCCCCGCCCCAUUCUCCCUCUUUCCAUCACCAUGCCCCAUUCUCCCGCUUUCCAUCACCCCGCCCCAUUCUCCCGAUUUCCAUCACCUCGCCCCAUUCUCCUACUUUCCAUCACCCCGCCCCAUUCUCCUACUUUUCAUCACCUCGCCCCAUUCUCCCUCUUUCCUGCCCGCCCCAUUCUCCCGCUUUCCAUCACCCCGCCCCAUUCUCCCGCUUUCCAUCACACCUCCCCAUUCUCCCGCUUUCAAUCUCCCCGCCCCAUUCUCCCGCUUUCAAUCUCCCCGCCCCAUUCUCCCGCUUUCCGCCCCAUUCUCCCGCUUUCCAUCACCCCGCCCCAUUCUGCUGCUUUCCAUCACCCCGCCCCAUUCUCCCUCCUUCCAUCACCCCGCCCCAUUCUCCCUCUUUCCAUCACCCCUGCUCCAUUCUCCCGCUUUUCAUCACCCCGCCCCAUUCUCUCGCUUUCCAUCAUCCCGCCCCAUUCUCCCGCUUUCCAUCACCCCGCCCCAUUCUCCUACUUUUCAUCACCCCGCCCCAUUCUCCCCCUUUCCUGCCCGCCCCAUUCUCCUGCUUUCCAUCACCCGCCCCAUUCUCCCGCUUUCCAUCACACCGCCCCAUUCUCCCUCUUUCCAUCACCACGCCCCAUUCUCCCGCUUUCCAUCACCCCACCCCAUUCUCCCGCUAUCCAUCACCCCGCCCCAUUCUCCCUCCUUCCAUCACCCCGCCCCAUUCUCCCUCCUUCCAUCACCCUGCCCCAUUCUCCCACUUUCCAUCACCCCGCCCCAUUCUCCCGCUUUCCAUCACCCCGCCCCAUUCUCUCCCUUUCCAUCACCCCGCCCCAUUCUCCCUCUUUCCAUCACCCCGCCCCAUUCUCCUGCUUUCCAUCACCCCGCCCCAUUCUCCCGCUUUCCAUCACCCUGCCCCAUUCUCCCUCCUUCCAUCACCCCGCCCCAUUCUCCCUCCUUCCAUCACCCUGCCCCAUUCUCCCGCUUUCCAUCACCCCGCCCCAUUCUCCAACUUUCCAUCAUCCCGCCCCAUUCUCCCGCUUUCCAUCACCCCGCCCCAUUUUCUCGCUUUCCAUCACCCCUCCCCAUUCUCCCUCUUUCCAUCACCCCGCCCCAUUCUCCCGCUUUCCAUCACCCCGCCCCAUUCUCGCGCUUUCCAUCACCCCGCCCCAUUCUCCCGCUUUCCAUCACCCCGCCCCAUUCUCCCGCUUUCCAUCACUCCGCUCCAUUCACCCGCUUUCCAUCAUCCCGCCCCAUUCUCACGCUUUCCAUCACCCCGCCCCAUUCUCCCUCCUCCCAUCACCCUGCCCCAUUCUCCCUCCUUCCAUCACCCUGCCCCAUUCUCCCGCUUUCCAUCACCCCGCCCCAUUCUCACGCUUUCCAUCACCCCGCCCCAUUCUCCCGCUUUCCAUCACCCCGCCCCAUUCUCCCUCCUCCCAUCACCCUGCCCCAUUCUCCCUCCUUCCAUCACCCUGCCCCAUUCUCCCGCUUUCCAUCACCCCGCCCCAUUCUCCCUCCUUCCAUCACCCCGCCCCAUUCUCCCGCUCUCCAUCACCCCGACCCAUUCUCCCGCUUUCCAUCACACCACCCCAUUCUCCCUCUUUCCAUCACCCGGCCCCAUUCUCCCGCUUUCCAUCACACCACCCCAUUCUCCCGCUUUCCAUCACCCCGCCCCAUUCUCCCGCUUUCCAUCACCCCGCCCGAUUCUCCUGCUUUCCAUCACCCCGCCCCAUUCUCCUGCUUUUCAUCACCCCGCCCCAUUCUCCUGCUUUCCAUCACCCCGCCCCAUUCUCCCGCUUUCAAUCACCCCGCCCCAUUCUCCCGCCUUCCAUCACCCCGCCCCAUUCUCCCGCUUUCCAUCACCCUGCCCCAUUCUCCCGCUUUCCAUCACCCCGCCCCAUUCUCCCUCCUUUCAUCUCCCCGCCCCAUUCUCCCUCUUUCCAUCACCAUGCCCCAUUCUCCCGCUUUCCAUCACCCCGCCCCAUUCUCCCGAUUUCCAUCACCCCGCCCAAUUCUCCCGCUUUCCAUCGCCCCGCCCCAUUCUCCCGCUUUCCAUCACCCCACCCGAAUCUCCCGCUUUCCAUCACCCCGCCCCUUUCUCCCUCCUUCCAUCACCCCGCCCCAUUCUCCUUCUUUCCAUCACCCCACCCCAUUCUCCCGCUUUCCAUCACCCUGCCCCAUUCUCCCGCUUUCCAUCAACCUGCCCCAUUCUCCCGCUUUCCAUCAACCCGCCCCAUUCUCCCUCCUUUCAUCACCUUGCCCCAUUCUCCCGCUUUCCAUCACCCUGCCCCAUUUUCUCGCUUUCCAUCACCCCGUCCCAUUCUCCCUCUUUCCAUCACCCCGCCCCAUUCUCCCUCCUUCCAUCACCCUGCCCCAUUCUCCCUGCAUUCUAUCACCCCGCCCCAUUCUCCCGCUUUCCAUCAUCCCGCCCCAUUCUGCUACUUUCCAUCACCCCGCCCCAUUCUCCUACUUUUCAUCACCUCGCCCCAUUCUCCCUCUUUCCAUCACACCGCCCCAUUCUCCCGCUUUCCAUCACUCCGCUUCAUUCUCCCGCUUUCCUGCCCGCCCCAUUCUCCCGCUUUCCAUCACACCGCCCCAUUCUCCCGCUUUCCAUCACCCCGCUUCAUUCUCCCGCUUUCCAUCACCCCGCCCCAUUCUCCAGCUUUCCAUCACCUCGCCCCAUUCUCCCGCUUUCAAUCUCCCCGCCCCAUUCUCCCGCUUUCCAUCACCCCGCCCCAUUCUGCUGCUUUCCAUCACCCCGCCCCAUUCUCCCUCCUUCCAUCACCCCGCCCCAUUCUCCCUCUUUCCAUCACCCUGCCCCAUUCUCCCGCUUUCCAUCACCCCGCCCCAUUCUCCCGCUUUCCAUCAUCCCGCCCCAUUCUCCCGCGUUCCAUCACCCCGCCCCAUUCUCUUACUUUUCAUCACCCCGCCCCAUUCUCCCCCUUUCCUGCCCGCCCCAUUCUCCCGCUUUCCAUCACCCCGCCCCAUUCUCCCGCUUUCCAUCACCCUGCUUCAUUCUCCCGCUUUCAUCACCCCGCCCCAUUCUCCCGCUUUCCAUCACCCCGCCCCAUUCUCCCUCCCAUCACCCCGCCCCAUUCUUCCUCCUUCCAUCACCCCGCCCCAUUCUCCCGCUUUCCAUCACCACACACCCAUUCACCCACUUUCCAUCACCCCGCCCCAUUCUCCCGCUUUCCAUCACCCCGCCCCAUUCUCCCGCUUUCCAUCACCUCGCCCCAUUUUCCCGCUUUCCAUCACCCCGCCCCAUUCUCCCGCUUUCAAUCACCCCGCCCGAUUCUCCCUCCUUCCAUCAUCCCGCCCCAUUCUCCCGCUUUCCAUCACCCCGCCCCAUUCUCCCUCCUUCCAUCACCCUGCCCCAUUCUCCCUCCUUCCAUCACCCUGCACCAUUCUCCCGCUUUCCAUCACCCCGCUCCAUUCUCUCGCUUUCCAUCAUCCUGUCCCUGUCUCCUGCUUUCCAUCACCCCGCCCCAUUCUCCUUCUUUCCAUCACCCCGCCCCAUUCUCCCUCUUUCCAUCAUCCCGCCCCAUUCUCCUGCUUUCCAUCACACCACCCCAUUCUCCCGCUUUCCAUCACCCGGCCCCAUUCUCCCGCUUUCCAUCACCCCGCCCCAUUCUCCCUCCUUCCAUCACCCCGCCCCAUUCUCCCGCUUUCCAUCACCCCCGCCCCAUUCUCCCGCUUUCCAUCACCCCGCCCCAUUCUCCCGCUGUGCAUCACCCCGCCCCAUUCUCCCGCUUUCCAUCACCCCGCCCCAUUCUCCCGCUUUCAAUCACCCCGCCCCAAUCUCCCUCCUUCCAUCACCCCACCCCAUUCUCCCGCUUUCCAUCACGCCGCCCCAUUCUCCCUCCUUCCAUCACCCCACCCCAUUCUCCCUCCUUCCAUCACCUUACACCAUUCUCCCGCUUUCCAUCACCCCGCCCCAUUCUCCCGCUUUUCAUCAUCCCGCCCUAUUCUCCUGCUUUCCAUCACCCCGCCCCAUUCUCCUGCUUUCCAUCACCCCACCCCAUUCUCCCUCUUUCCAUCACCCCGCCCCAUUCUCCCGCUUUCCAUCACACCACCCCAUUCUCCCGCUUUCCAUCACCCCGCUUCAUUCUCCCGCUUUCCAUCACUCUGCCCCAUUCUCCCGCUUUCCAUAACACCGCCCCAUUCACCCGCUUUCCAUCACCGCGCCCCAUUCUCCCGCUUUCCAUCACCCCGCCCCAUUCUCCCUCUUUCCAUCACUGUGCCCCAUUCUCCCUCCUUCUAUCACCCCGCCCCAUUCUCCCUCCUUCCAUCACCCCGCCCCAUUCUCCCGCUUUCCAUCAGCCCGCCCCAUUCUCCAACUUUCCAUCAUCCCGCCCCAUUCUCCCGCUUUCCAUCACCCGCCCCAAUCUCUCCCUUUCCAUCACCCCGCCCCAUUUUCCCUCUUUCCAUCACCCCGCCCCAUUCUCCCGCUUUCCAUCACCCCGCCCCAUUUUCCCGCUUUCCAUCACCCUGCCCCAUUCUCCCUCCUUCCAUUACCCCGCCCCAUUCUCCCUCCUUCCAUCACCCUGUCCCAUUCUCCCGCUUUCGAUCACCUCGCCCCAUUCUCCAACUUUCCAUCAUCCCGCCCCAUUCUCCCGCUUUCCACCAUCCUGCCCCAUUCUCUCGCUUUCCAUCACCCCGCCCCAUUCUCCCUCUUUCCAUCACCCUGCCCCAUUCUCCCGCUUUCCAUCACCCCGCCCCAUUCUCCCGCUUUCCAUCACCUCGCCCCAUUCUCCUGCUUUCCAUCACCCCGCCCCAUUCUCCUGCUUUCCAUCACCCCGCCCCAUUCUCCCUCCUUCCAUCAUUCCGCCCCAUUCUCCCACUUUCCAUCACCCCGCCCCAUUCUCCCGCUUUCCAUCACACCACCCCAUUCUCCCGCUUUCCAUCACCUCGCUUCAUUCUCCCGCUUUCCAUCACACGGCCCCAUUCUGCUGCUUUCCAUCACCCCGCCCCAUUCUCUCCCUUUCCAUCACCCGCCACAUUCUCCCUCUUUCCAUCACCCCGCCCCAUUCUCCCGCUUUCCAUCACCCUGCCCCAUUCUCCCGCUUUCCACCACCCUGCCACAUUCUCCCUCCUUCCAUCACCCCGCCCCAUUCUCCCUCCUUCCAUCACCCUGCCCCAUUCUCCCGCUUUCCAUCACCCCGCCCCAUUCUCCUGCUUUCCAUCAACCCGCCCCAUUCUCCCUCCUUCCAUCACCCCGCCCCAUUCUCCCGCUUUCCAUCACCCCGCCCCAUUCUCCCGCUUUCCAUUACCCCGCUUCAUUCUCCCGCUUUCCAUCACCCGGCCCCAUUCUCCCGCUUUCCAUUACCCCGCCCCAUUCUCUCCCUUUCCAUCACCCCGCUCCAUUCUCCCUCUUUCCAUCACCCUGCCCCAUUCUCAUGCUUUCCAUCACCCUGCCCUAUUCUCCCUCCUUCCAUCACCCUACCCCAUUCUCCCGCUUUCCAUCACCCCGCCCCAUUCUCCCGCUUUCUAUCAUCCUGCCCCAUUCUCCUGCUUUCCAUCACCCCGCCCCAUUCUCCCUCCUUCCAUCACCCCGCCCCAUGCUCCCGCUUUCCAUCACCCCGCCCCAUUCUCCCGCUUUCCAUCACACCACCCCAUUCUCCCGCUUUCCAUCACACGGCCCCAUUCUCCUGCUUUCCAUCACCCCACCCCAUUCUCUCCCUUUCCAUCAACCGCCCCAUUCUCCCUCUUUCCAUCACCCCGCCCCAUUCUCCCGAUUUCCAUCACCCCGCCCCAUUCUCCCACUUUCCAUCACCCUGCCACAUUCUCCCUCCUUCCAUCACCCCGCCCCAUUCUCCCUCCUUCCAUCACCCUGCCCCAUUCUCCCGCUUUUCAUUACCCUGCCCCAUUCUCUCGCUUUCCAUCACUCUGCCCUAUUCUCCCUCUUUCCAUCACCCCGCCCCAUUCUCGCGCUUUCCAUCACCCCGCCCCAUUCUCCCGCUUUCCAUCACCCCGCCCCAUUCUCCCGCUUUCCAUCACCCCGCCCCAUUCUCACACUUUCCAUCACCCCGCCCCAUUCUCCCGCUUUCCAUCACCCCGCCCCAUUCUCCCUCCUUCCAUCACCCUGCCCCAUUCUCCCUCCUUCCAUCACCCCGCCCCAUUCUCCCUCCUUCCAUCACACUGCCCCAUUCUCCCGCUUUCCACCACCCCGCACCAUUCUCCAACUUUCAAUCAUCUUGCCCCAUUCUCCCGCUUUCCAUCACCCCGCCCCAUUCUCUCGCUUUCCAUCACCCCGCCCCAUUCUCCCUCUUUCCAUCACCCCGCCCCAUUUUCCCGCUUUCCAUCGCCCCGUCCCAUUCUCCCGCUUUCCAUCACCCCGCCCCAUUCUCCUGCUUUCCAUCACCCCGCCCCAUUCUCCCGCUUUCCAUCACCUCGCCCCAUUCUCCCGCUUCCCAUCACCCCGCCCCAUUCUCACGCUUUCCAUCACCCCGUCCCAUUCUCCCGCUUUCCAUCACCCCGCCCCAUUCUCCUGCUUUCCAUCACCCCGCCCCAUUCUCCCGCUUUCCAUCGGCCCGCCCCAUUCUCCCGCUUUCCAUCACCCCGCCCCAUUCUCCCGCUUUCUAUCACCCCACCCCAUUCUCCCUCCUUCCAUCACCCUGCCCCAUUCUCACUCCUUCCAUCACCUCGCCCCAUUCUCCCUCCUUCCAUCACCCUGCCCCAUUCUCCCGCUCUCCAACACCCCGCCCCAUUCUCCAACUUUCCAUCAUCUUGCCCCACUCUCCCGCUUUCCAUCACCCCGCCCCAUUCUCUCGCUUUCCAUCACCCCGCCCCAUUCUCCCGCUUUCCAUCACCCCGCCCCAUUCUCCCGCUUUCCAUUACCCCGCCCCAUUCUCACGCUUUCCAUCACCCCGCCCCAUUCUCCCGCUUUCCAUCACCCCGCCCCAUUCUCCCGCUUUCCAUCACCCCGCCCCAUUCUCCCUCCUUCCAUCACCCCGCCCCAUUCUCCCUCCUUCCAUCACACUGCCCCAUUCUCCCGCUUUCCAUCACCCCGCCCCAUUCUCCAACUUUCCAUCACCCGCCCAUUCUCCCGCUUUCCAUCACCCCCGCCCCAUUCUCUCCCUUUCCAUCACCCCGCCCCAUUCUACCUCUUUCCAUCACCCCGCCCCAUUCUCCCGCUUUCCAUCACCCCGCCCCAUUCUCCAACUUUCCAUCAUCACCGCCCCAUUCUCUCCCUUUCCAUCACCCUGCCCCAUUCUCCCUCUUCCAUCAACCUGCCCCAAUUCUCCCUCCUUCCAUCACCCUGCCCCAUUCUCUUGCUUCCAUCACUCCGCCCCAUUCUCCGACUUUCGCAUCAUCCCGCCCAUUCUCCCGCUUUCCAUAACCCUGCCCCAUUCACCCCUUUCCGUCACCCCGCCCAUUCUCCCACUUUCCAUCACCCCCCGCCCCAUUCUCCCGCUUUCCAUCACCUCGCGCCCAUUCUCUCCCGCUUUCCAUCACCCCGCCCCAUUCCUCCCCGCUUUCCAUCACCCCGCCCCAUUCUCCCGCUUUCCAUCACCCCGCCCCAUUCUCCGCUUUCCAUCACCCCGCCCCCAUUCUCCCUCCUUCCAUCACCCUCUGGCCCCAUUCUCCCUCCUUCCAUCAACCUGCCCCAUUCUCCACUCCUUCCUCACCCUGCCUGAUUCUCCCGCUUUUCAUUAA